UGGAAUAUGGAACGCCUUUCAACAGGUCUUGAAAGAAGAAGGCUUUUCAGGUACUGUACCUAUCUCUUGUCUUUCGUCGCAUGAUAGUGCUUGGAUAGACUCAACCCCUCCUCCCUCCUUUAUCUCAUCUCUGUUAGCCUUCUACAGAGGCACUUUGCCUGUCCUCUGUAUUGUUGGGCCACGUAUUUCUUUACAGUAUAUGGGGCUUGCUUUUUAUAAACCCAUAUUUGAAAAGUUUGAAAAUCGAGGCAUUUUGCCAGCCCAUAGCUCAGCAGGUUUAGCAGGCAUUUGUACGGGUAUCACCCAGGCACUGACACUUGUAACACCUUUAGAAAUGAUCAAAGUACGUCAGCAAACGGAAAUGGCUGUGCGUCAACCACAUUAUCAAAGAAAAUAUCAUGGCUUGAUCAACACCGCAUCCAUCAUUGUUCAACAAGAAGGCUUUACCGCUCUUUAUAGUGGCUUAUUAGCAACAGUGGCAAGACAAUCAUGGGGCUUGUUGGUGAAAUUCUCUGCUUAUACAGAAUUGAAAGCUCUAUGUCAGAAAAUGUCCAAGGACCCUAACGAGCCUUUACGUCCUUGGCAGCACAUGUUCAGUGGAGGAAUGGCCAAUGUACUAGUGGGCGUAUUGAACUCACCACCGGAUGUGGUUAAAACCAGGAUGCAAGAUAGUGGUAGAUCUUAUACAUCAACGUGGGAUUGUCUUCGAACCAUGGCAAGGCAAGAAGGAUUGACUUCCUUUUUUAGAGGCUCCUGGUUACGUAUUAUAAGGAUUGCACCAGGAGGUGCCAUCCAGUUUGCCUGUUACGAACAGAUCUUGCAUUGGCUGAACAGAAACUAGAAUACACUGUGAUUUUCAGUCGCUCUUUCAAGGCUGCCUCAUCUCACAACGCUUCGAACAGGAGCCACUGCCUAAAGUCUCCUUAGAAUACAUAUUAUACAGCAUAUACAUCAAUAAAUACAGUCGUAUCUUCUUUUCUUGUCAAUGUGUUGACC